AUGCUUUCCAUCACCAUCCUCUUGGGCCUCAUGAAUCUUGCGAGCGCAGCUCCAUAUGUUGCGACCAACUACACUAAUACAACAUUACCUGGUCGAUACCUCCCAGCUAAUGUCACCGGCCAGACUUUCUUUAAUGGAUCGUGUACUCCAGAGACGAUGACUAUCCGCAAGGAAUGGAGAUCGCUUACACACGACGAGAAGAUGGCGUUCAUCGACGCCGAACUCUGCGCGAUGGCCUUGCCUAAUAUUACGGACUGGCCUGGUUCUACUACGCGAUUCGAUGACUUCCAAGCUGCGCAUCAGCAGGGUACGAACACAACAUACGGGGAUAUUAUUCAUUAUACUGCCCAAUUUCUCCCCUGGCAUAGACUCCAAUUGCACGUCCACGAGACCAUGCUGAAGACGGAGUGUAAUUACACCGGCACGAUGCCAUGGUGGGACGAAGCCAUUGAUGCUGCUUCCGGGAACUUUUUCCAGUCCGAUAUGUGGUCCGACACCUACUUCGGUGGCAACGGCAACGGUACCUCACACCUCAACGGGACCAACGGACAAAACUGCGUGACCACCGGCGCCUUCGCCAACCGAACCGAGCACAUCGGCCCCCUCGAGCAAACAACGGACUACUGCUUCGCGCGUGAAUUCAACCAAACUAAAGGUCUCAUGUGGGGCGCGCGCGCCAACAUCGACGCUUGCUACGAGUUCGGCAGCGCAGAUUUCGAAGCCUUCUCCGAGUGCAUGGCCUUCGCCCCGCACAUUGCCGGGCACCGGGCCACGGGAGGCAUCAUGACGGACGUCGAUGCCUCUCCGGGCGAUCCGGUGUUCUACCUGCACCAUGCUUACCUGGACCGACUGUACUGGCAGUGGCAGCAGGUUUCUGCAGCGGACCGCAUGUUUGCUAUCUCGGGGAAUACAACGGUUACGGAGCCGGCGGAUGGGUGGGAGGAGAUGACGCUGGAUUAUGAGUUGUCGAUGUUUGGGGUGGGGGAGUCCGUUCGGAUGGAGGAGGUGAUGAAUAUCCAGGGCGGGUAUUUGUGCUACGCUUUCGAGUACUAG